GAACUUUUACUGUGAGCCCAUCGAGCAAACUAAAAACCUCAUAGCGAUGGAAUUGAGAUCUCCGAGUAAAUCGGCUUGCAUACAGAUAAUUCUCGUGCAAGCCCACGAGAACUUGGAGAUCAUGCAAGGAUCCGAUCAAUCACGUUGACUUCGGGAGAAGCCUUUGCGCUUUGUCUUCCAAAGGAAAACCGAGACAGCUUUGAGAAGCUUUAAGACCACUCUCGUCCUUUCAUUAAGACGGAAAGAUAUCGAUCUUUCGAGGCACCUUAAUGCCGCGGGCUAUCAAUACCCUGUUUUCCCCGUUUUCAACCAUAUAUACCGAAACUUACGAGAAAUCUGUCCGAUGCCAGGAAAGAUUCCCCACAGACAUCCUCUCACCUUCUUUUGCAGGGCUCCAGCUGGCACAGCGCGACGUUCUUUUGUUGAAUAUCGAUGGAUCCGUCUCUUCUACGUACUGCUUUGGGACCUCUGUUGAUUGGUGGUCUUGUGAGCACGGCACUUUAUGGCGUUACUUGCAUUCAGACCUUUGUAUACUUCCAAAAGAGCGAAGGAGACCGUUUGCUUCUUAAAACAUUGAUUUCAACUCUGUGGCUGCUUGACACGUUGGAUGUCGUGUUGAACGGCCAUAUCCUGUAUCAUUAUCUCGUUACCAAUUUUGCCAAUCCCUUUGCUUUGACUUCUCCGGUGUGGAGCCUAGUGCUUCAUGUAUCCAUUACAGCUAUUACAAACUUCCUCGUUCGAGGGAUGUUCACAAGACGGGUGUUUCGAUUAAGCCAGGGAAAUUGGAUCCUCACUGUCUUUAUAACCGCAGUUUCGUUAUUGGAUCUAGUCUGUAGCGUUGUCGUCACAGUAAUGGCAUUCCACGACACAUUUGCCGAGCUUAUGCAACUCUCUACACUCUUGUAUCUCGACUUCGCUGCCGUAUUCUCAGCGGAUGCAUCCAUCGCUGUUUCGUUGUGUUAUUAUCUCCGUGUCAACAGGACUGGUGUUAGAAAGACGGACUCACUAAUCAACAUUCUAAUGUUGUACACCGUAAACACGGGCCUCUUGACUGCUCUCGACGCUUCAGCGGGGUUGAUCAUGUUUGCAGUCAUGCCGAACAAUCUCAUGUAUGUGGCGUUCUACUUGCAGCUGAGCAAACUCUAUGUCAAUGCAUAUCUUGCAAGCCUCAAUGCGCGCGAGACUCUCCGUGAUCGUACGGAGGACAUUGUCUCAAUUCAUCUCAGCAGAAUUUCGAAUUCUCGUAACCGCGGGACGUAUGCAGAUCCUCCAUCUCAAUCUUCCGAGCCUUCAAGCCCCGUGGUGCUUGACAAGCUGCGUGACCCGAUGGUCUCCAUUGCUGUCACAACCGAUGUCGAAACUCGAUAUGAAAAUGGAUACAAGCGGAGAUCGCACUCAGUUGAGCCUGGACUCCGAACAUUCUGAACCUAGCUUGAGCUUUGAAAGUUGAGCCAGGUGCAUACACAGGACGGGCGGCGGUAACUAUAAGAGAAUAAUUUCGUUCUGUGUCAAAAAUUCGAGCGACAAAAAUCAUAGUAAUGUAUUAUUGGAGUGUAUGUUUAAAUAUAUGUUUCAAUAGAUACGUCCGCAAAGAUCGUGUUGGA